GAUUGGUUCCUCGUUGGCGCCGGGAACCGAGCUAUGGAGUUGCAGGCCGAACUAACCGGCCGCGAUGGCUUGAAACGAGCGUGGCGUGUUCGGUGUGAGCCUCCGGGAGAGCUGCGGGGCCUGCUGGCGGGUUUGUCUCGGCUGCGAGAGGAAGUCACCGCUCGGCUUGGCCCUCUGGUGCAGCAGGAGAGCGUCGCUGCCGUCGGAGACAGAGAUGAGCGUGGAGAUGAUGAAGAAGAUGGAGAUGAAGAUGAGGAAGAAGAAGGAAAGCAUAUCAACACCAAAGCAUAUUCAGAUGAACCACCAUUAAAACGGACAAAACCACACUCCUGAUGGAAACUAUAAAACUUUUUUUAAAAAAAAUAUUAAAAUUCCUAUACUAUGAAAAUUUAUCUUUUAAAACAUUGAAGGCUUGGAUAUUUAAAGUAGUUAAUAAUGUUUUGUAUCUGUCAUUUGAAAUUAUUCAACAAGAUUGUAUGUAUGAGUGAGGGGAGGGGGGGGAAGCAAAGUUGAAAGUACCCUUUCUGCUUGGGAAAGGCAACACUGAAAAUACUUGACUGGAGCAACUGACUGCCGGGCAGAAAUACCCUCCUCACCUCCCAAGAAGGCUAGGCUCAGCUACCCCCCCCCCCAAACCAGGAGUUUUACAGCCCAGCCUGUACCAAAAAACCUCAGGGGGAAGCACUCAGUUACUCUCCAAUCUGCCAAGAAGAGACAAACUAACCAGCACAUCAUCCAAAGACAUCCACAUCUUAAAUUCCGUUGGCUAAUCCUAGCUAUUUGAGGGGCAUUACAUCUACAACUGGCAAGUUUAGCCAGUUUUUUUUCCCUCAAGGUCCUUAGAAAGCCAGGUUAGCAUACUUCAUCCCAUCAUGCUUUCAAGUUAGAAAAGGGAAAGCCAAACUAGAGGCUGUGGGUGAGCAGAAGUGGAAGAGAAAGAGAGCAGAGGAAGAGGGUAGGCAUACUGGGACAUACUGAAAAUCAUGGGCUGACCCCACUCAAUGAAAUUGCCAGGACCCACUGCUUUAGCAGAGAGGAAGAUCCUUUUCAUACCCUGGUCAGAACUUCUUUACUCUCCUACCAUCGGGCAGGAGAUAUAGAAGCAUAGCCAUCUGAACGAAUAGGCUGAAAAAUAGCUUUUAUCCGGGGACUGUUACGACUUCUGAAUGCAACAUAACACCACAAUCAGGUUUAAUAUGAUAGACUUGCAGGGCUAGCGCAACGUGCAACAUAUUUAUACCGAUGUAAUAUGUUACAUAUAUGUAUAUGGGAAUGUGUGCUAGUUAUUACUUAUUUGGGUUUAGGGAUUUCUUUUAUUUAUUGAGUUACUGAGAUGUAUUCUGUGUUUUGGGGUGGGGGCUGCACCAAGGGAGGCUCAUUCCAUUGUACACAUGUGCAUCGACAAUAAAGGUUUGGUUUGGUUUGAUUUGACUGCCAAGACACUUAUAGCCCUUCAAGAUAAACCACAGGCUUGGAAACCAAGAUUCUACAAGCUAAUGCACCUUUUGUUAUAAGAUUAUAGUAGCAGAAUCUUAAGUCUGAAUGUUAUAUUCUUGUAUCUCUGACUUUUCCCCAUUAUCCAACCUAUCACCUUCAACAACAGUGGUUAUAAUACAUACCUUCAUCACAGUCCUAUUUUGACUAUUAAAAGGGUUGCUUUUGUCAUUGUGAACUUUUACUGUAUCCUAAAAUGUUGGAAAGGCUCCAGUGAUUUUGCUGUCUAUGCUGAUCACCAAAACAGCUUUCUACUCCCAAGUCCCAGUGGAUGCUCUUAAAUAUAGUAAUAAUAAACAUAACAGCAGUUUACUGCUGUUAUGAAUCUUAAGUCUGAAUGUACUUCCCCACUAUCUUCAUGAGAACUAAAGUGGUUUUUUCCCCGAGAUGCUUACUCGGUUUACAGUUCUGGCCUCAGAUUUUUAUUUGUUUUAUUUGACUGUUGCCAUACUUUUUUGUUCAUACCUGGAGAUGUUUUCCUUUUGUCUACUGUUGUAUUUUUCUUGUUUUUAAUAUUUUAUUUGUAACCUCUCAAAAUUGGGAGUCAGGUAGCACAUAUAGCUUAGUAGUUUUGAUGUAUAAAUGUAUGUUAUUUGCAAGGAUUAAAAACUCAGAAUGGGGAACUUUCCAUGUUGUGCUCAAAUUUCUAUUUAUCAAAGUGAUCAGAAAUGGAAUUUUUAGUUAGAUAUUAUCUGAAUAUCCAUUGUUUUCCUAUUUCUGCAUUCAAGUAACCUUCCCAAGUAUUUCUAUGAGAUUAGAGUUCUCAGAAAUAGUGAAUAUUCAGAAUAUUGCUGCUGAUACCUGUAGACUGGAUUUUAAUUUGGUUCUAGUUAUUUUGUAUAAAAUGCAUUUUACUGUCUUUGCAAUGAUUCAGGUACUAAAACAUCAGCUUGUAUUUGAAACAUGAGUAGCAGUUCUUGCAUUUUGAAGA